UCUGCGGGGCCAGCGCCGUCCUGGCGCCGGUCUCCGCCCGACGGCCUCGGCCCCGCUGGCUGCGCUCGUGGGUCUGCGUCGCGGCCGCCCCGGCUGUGAGCUCAGGGGUGGUCCUCGGUCCCCUGCCUGCCCUCGACGCUGCCGUUCCCCCGCCCCGGGUUCGCCUGUCCUGUCACCUGCGGACCCCGCCGCUGUACCCCGCCUCCUCCCCUCAGGCGGCGCCUGCCGGCUUCCGGGCCGCCCAGCUGUCCUUAGCGGUCGGGCUGUCGCUGCCGUCCCCGGAGCCGCCGCGGUGUGCGUCCUCCACCCCCCGCCGCCGUCACCUCUGCGCUGCCCUGACCCUGAACCGCCACGCCAGCCCCGGGCCUUCGGGGACAGAAGGUUGACACGGGCUCGCCGCCGGCCCAGAACUUCACCGACGGCUCUGAGCCGUGUUUGGGUCAGCGUUCCGCGUUCCUACCGCUGGUGUGCCUGCCUCCGGUGCCCUUUCCGUACUUCUUUCUGCUGUGGGCUUAGGAGCCAGUUGUUAGAAUUAAAUAGGAAAGUAGUCCGUAGAUGGUCCCGCCAGGAGUCCGGUCAUGGGUGUGAGAGGCUUGCACGGGUUUGUGGGAAGCAGCUGCCCGCAGGUGUGCACGGAGGUGAACUUCCGGGAGCUGGCUGAGCAGCACCGCAGCGAGCACCCAGGCCGUGCCCCCACCAUCGUGGUCGACGCCAUGUGCUGCCUCAGGUACUGGUACACCCCCGAGUCCUGGGUCUGUGGCGGCCAGUGGAAAGAGUACUUCUCUGUCCUGGAGGACUUCGUGCGGACGUUCACCGCUGCGGGCAUCAGGCUGGUGUUCUUCUUCGACGGCAUGGUGGAGCAGGACAAGCGGGACGAGUGGGUGCGGCGGCGACUCAAGAACAGCAGGGAGAUAGCUAGGAUCUUCCGCUACCUCCGGGCACACGGGGAGCAGCCCGGCCGGAGCAUGUUCUUCAUCCCCUCGGGGCUGGCCAUCUUCACGCGCUUCGCUCUGAAGACCCUGGGCCAGGACACGAUGUGCUCCCUGCAGGAGGCCGACUACGAGGUGGCCGCAUACGGCCGCCAGAACGGCUGCCUGGGGAUCCUCGGAGAAGACACCGACUACCUGAUCUAUGACACCUGUCCCUACUUCUCCAUCGGCGAGCUCUGCCUGGACAGCCUCACCACCAUCAUGCUCUGCAGGCAGAAGCUCUGCGCCAGCCUGGGCCUCGGCCUGCCGGACCUCCCUCUGCUGGCCUGCCUGCUGGGCAACGACAUAGUCCCAGAGGGCACGUUUGAGACCUUCCGGUACAAGUGCUUGUCCUCCUACACCUCCGUGAGAGAGAACUGUGACAAAAAAGGCAGUGUUGUCUUUGCCGUGGCGGACCACAUAUCUAAAGUUCUUCGCUUGCACCGAGGUGAGAGAAAGCUGGAAGAGAUGUUGCCUUUGGGACCAAACAAAGCUCUUUUCUAUAAAGCGAUGGCGUCGUAUCUUUUGCCAGGACAGAAAUCUCCAUGGAUUCCCCAAACACCCAAAGCUGUAACAACUUUGGACAAGCAAGAAGUUCCCAUGAGUUCAGACCCUGAAUCCAAGCAAGAAGUUCCAGUGAACUUGGAGCCCGAAAUCAAGCAGCAAGUGACCAUGGUUUCAGACACUGAAAUCUUAGAGGUGGCCAGAGCCCGUCACGUGCAGGCGGAGAGCUACCUGGUGUACAGCGUCCUGACCAGCGGGGAGGUCGAGUGCAGCAACACCCUGGAGGACGCGCUGGACCAGGCCCUGCCCAGCCAGGCCUUCGUCUACCGCCCGGUGCGGCAGCGCGUCUACGCCCUCCUGCUGGCGGACAGCCAAGGUGGAGCCGGCAGCUGCCCUGCAGUCCGGGAGUGGUUCGUCUAUGCAGGGAACCCCCUGCGGCACCCGGACCUCGUCAGGCCUCUGCAGAUGAACCUCCCAGGGGGGACGCCCAGCCUGCGGCAGCUGUGGCUGAGCCAGGAGCCCGGGGUCCAGGCCCAGCGCGUGGACGUGCUCCUCGCCUGCCUCGACCUCGCCGCCUCCAGGGAAGAGCUGCAGGCCUUGGAGAGCCCCUUCCGGACGCUGUGCUGCCUCCUCAUCUACCUGUUCAUGCAGGUGGACGCGCUGUGCCUGGAGGACCUGCACGCCUUCGUCGCACAGGCCUUGUGCCUCCAGGGGAAGUCGGCCGGGCAGCUCGCGGACUUGCAGCUCGACCACGUCGACCCCCGGGCCGUGCAGCUGGGCUCCCUGCUGGUCCGCGGCCUGACCACGCUGGUGCUGGUCAACAGCGCCUGCGGCUUCCCCUGGAGGACGAGCGAGCUCAUGCCCUGGAACGUGUUCGACGGGAAGCUGUUCCACGAGAAGUACCUGCAGUCGGCGAGGGGGUGCUCCGCGGAGGCCCUGGUGGAGCAGAACCGGUCUCGGCUCGCCAGGUUCCACCAGCUGAAGUCCGUCGUGUGCAAGGCCUGCCUGGGGGAGGGCCGGCGCAUCGUCAGCCAGCAGCUCUGGCGGCCGCACCACACAGGGAGAUGGGGACGCCAGGGACCCGGCUCCCACAGGAUGAGCUCCGGGCACAGCCGGUCCAGCCAAGGACAGUACUGGAGAGACCAGGGCCCAGGAAGCCGACACCACGAGUCUGACCCCUGGAGGAGACACGCACCGUCUUCCGGGUGGUCCAACUGACGCGCCCGCCGGGCCUCCCACGGCUGGACAGGGAGCUCCUCUGCUCUGGGACGUGGACGAGGAGUCGGCACGUCUCACCCACAUGUGUCCCCGUCAUCGGCACCGCACGGCCGUGACCGACGCCACGUGGUGUGCGUUCCCCUCCUUCCCACGCAGCCCCGGAGCCGGAGGACCCUCGUGAGAACACAGCUGCCGUCGCCCCAGCGUCCCUGCGGCUUCGCCCCUCGGAGGGCCCGCCUGUGGUUCGGGGGCUGUAAGUGUGGAGGCCCCGCGAGGCGGGGCCUCGGGGAGAGAGGAAGUCACCCUCCUGCACCAGGCGGGGCGUCCAGCGCACCCGGAGACACCUGCAGCCAGUGGCGGGAGUGCCCCCCGACUGCUGCCCUCGAACCCGUCCCACCUGAGCUGAAACACGGGGUCACGGCCCCUGCUUUCUCCCGGCGGCGGCCCAGGCCCCAGCCCCGGCCCCAGCCCCAGGCUCCAGCCCCAGGCGCGCUUGUCAAGCUUCCUGGUGCGGACACAGCUGUGGACGGUCGGAUUCCUCGUUUCAAUUGUCAGAAGUGCCACUGGGCCUGGAGGCCUGGGUCUCCCGCGGGCGCGUGGGGAUGGCGGGCCUGCGGUCCCCUCUGCCUGCAGCUGCACAGCCUCCACCUCCGAGGUGCCCCCGCCCCAUCCCGCACAGACUGGGGCUGGCACCCUCUGCGUGGAGGCGGUGCCCCGAGUGCCUGUUCGUGACGUGUUGCCAAAUACAAACGUUCGUCUGCUGUCAGC